AUGCCGCGUCGCGGCAAAGGGGAGACUGGAGCUCGAGAAGUUCGAGACGAAUGCGAGUCGCAAGAGACCUCGGCUUCUCAUUCAGUGUACGAUGCACGCAGCCGCCACGUGGAGCUAGACACCCCUGACACUCUGUUCACGGCUGUGCCGAGCAUCGUGCGCGAAGAUGUCGUUGGUCGUGCCUUUGCGCUCCGGAACAUCCUCACGCCGGCGGAAGCUGCAACCUACGUGGCCUCAGCCCAGAGAAACGGUUUUGGCCACAGCGAUGUGUCACGGGAGUUCCCUGCAUCGCUGCGGAACAAUUCGCGUCUGAUCCACUUCAGCGACGCGCUUGCUCUAGCCUUGUACAGACGGCUAGCACCCUACCUUGCGCAUCGCGACGUGUAUCUCGUGCAGCCGAUGGGCUUUGGGGCCGAGGGUAGAUGGAAGCCCGUUGCCAUCAACCCGUGCUUUCGCAUCUCGCAGUACAAGGAGGGAGAGCACUUUGCAACUCACUGCGACGGGAUGUAUGCUAACGACAACGACGAGUGCAGUAUCUACUCCGUCGUCCUGUACUUGAACGAGGACUACGAGGGUGGCGAGCUUGAAUUCACCGACUCCGGCAAACGCUUCCGGCCGACAGCCGGCACUGCAGCACUGAAGCCGCAAAGAGAGAUAAGUGUCUCAGGAUGUCUCAGAAGAGAGGUGUGCCUUAUUUAUGUAGCAUAG